AUGGCCAGUCUGAGCGCAGUGCCUGCCUCACUACAGAACAUCUUUGGGCCGGUGCUGGUGGGCACAUGGCUCAACGCGAUGGUCUACACGCUGGAAAUUUUGCUUGCGUACCAAUUUUACAGCAAUCACCAUCUGCGGUCGCCCGGCGCAAACACCAAGUUCGUGCGCUGGCUUGUCGCAUUCCAGCUGCUGGUAGAUACCGCCGGAGCAGUCGGGGAUUCGGCGUAUUGCUACCUCCUGCUAGUCUCCCACUGGGGCGACCUGUCGUAUCUCACAUUAAAUGCCUUGCCCAUCGAUUGCCUUACCACCGGCCUCAGCGGGUUCAUCGUCCAGCUAUACCUAAUCUGGCGCUACAGCAUCCUGUCGAAGAACUACAUUGUCUGUGCAAUCCUGGCGCUCGGCGCGCUGACCUCCAUCGGCGGCGCCCUUGGGACGGCCGUCCUCACAAUCACGUACCGCGAAGUGAGCCAGAGGCAGAAAGUCGUGCCAAUGACCAUGGUCUGGUUCAUCACCUCCGUCGCCACAGAUAUUGGCAUCGCCGGCGCGCUCGUGCUCAAGCUGCGCAGCCUAGGCCUCAAGAGCACCUUCAAGACCACGCGCAGCAUCAUUCACCGCCUCACCGUCAGCACGAUCCAGACCGGCUCCGCAACCGCCUUUGUCUCAACGCUUGUGCUCAUCCUCUUCGCCAUUUUCCCCAACACCGCCAUCGCGCUGGCCCCGGGCUUCGCGCUCGGCCGGCUGUACGGCUGCACGCUGCUGUUUAACCUCACGACGCGCCGCAUGGGCGAGUCAGGCAACUCAACCGAGAAAUCGGACGAGUUCUCGGGCACUCGUGGCGGCGGCGGCUCAGGCAACCCACGCCCGACGCGGCUCGACACAUUUGGCGGCAUUCAUGUUCACCACAUCGUUCAGGUCGACAAGGAUAACGACAUCCGGGGCCUGGACUCGCGGCGGGCGAAGGGCAGCGAGACGCCGGCGGAGGAUAUGGGCGACGAUGUUAGCAUGAACGACAGGAAAGCUCGCAUGCAGGAGGUUAUUUGA